AUGAAAAGGAAGUUUGAUGACGAGGAGUUUCACAGUGAAGAGUCAAAUGAUGUCCAAGAGAUUACAGCACCAGAUACAAAAGCGAGUGGAAUAAGUUUAGUUGAUGAUGACGAUUCAUCGCGAGAAGAAUUGAUUAAAAAAGGAAAACUGAAUCCAUUAGGACAAGACGAAGAUGCGAAAGGGACGGACGCUGUAUUUGUGGAGAAUAAAGAAGAUGUCCGCGAGUGGAGUGAUGAUGUCUUUUUAGAGUAUUUCCAUGAACGUUUGAGCCAAAAAGGGAGUUCACAUUUAGACGCUGAAAACAAUGUGAAGCCCGAAGGCGAGUUAAAGACGUUUCGUUCCGGAUUUUUAAUACGACAAAAGUUAUAUGAAGAACUCUAUGAACAUCAGCGAGUUGGUGUGAAGUGGAUGUACGAGUUAUAUAAACAAGGAGGAGGAGGGAUAGUUGGUGAUGAAAUGGGUUUAGGAAAGACUCUGAUGGUCCUUUCCUUCUUAGAAGGACUUCACUCGACGUUAUAUGCCAAAUGUACACAAUCAAAAAGUGAUGUUCUUACGACUCGUGGAGAGAUGCGCGUCGGUAACAUUUUAAUCAUAUGUCCACUAACUUUAAUAUCACAUUGGGUUUCUGAAGCCCAUCGAUUUGUCCCCUUUUUUAGGGUUAUAGUGCUCCAUCGAGCACUUUCAUCAAGUGGGCAAGACAAUCUUGAGUUACUCACACAGGCGUCCAAUUGUAUAUUUGUCACAACAUACGACUUUGUGAGAAACAAAUUGAAUGAUUUGAAUCGGGUGACAUAUUUGUACACUAUACUUGAUGAAGGACAUAAAAUUAAGAACCCUAAAAGUGGCAUUUCGAUUGCGAUAAAAUCAUUGAGAAGCGAAAACAGAUUGAUUCUGUCGGGGUCCCCUAUUCAAAACAAUUUGGCCGAGCUCUGGUCGCUGUUCGACUUUGUGUACCCCGGCAAGUUGGGGACACUUCCCGUCUUCAAACAACAAUUCAUCGACCCAAUCAAAUUUGGGUCUUAUACUUCUGCGAGCUACUUUCAAUUCACUGCCGCUUUAAAAUGCGCGAAAGCGCUGAAAGACACGAUUGCGCCAUUUUUAUUGCGAAGACUCAAAAAAGAUGUGUUACCGACUUUACCCAACAAAACGGAGAAUGUGGUCUUUGUCAAGCUUUCCCUGAAACAACGAGAGUUAUACUUAGAGUACAUCAACUCCUUUUCAGUUACAAAAGUGAUCAACGGCGAUACCAAUUUGCUUGUAGCGAUCGAUUACUUGCGCAAAGUGUGUAACCACCCACUUCUGUUGAAUAAGAACGUUGAGAUGGACCACGAGAAUGUCAUGGAGAGUGCAAAGGUCAAAGUCUUAUUAAGUCUCUUAGACAAUUGGAGGAAGGAGAAGCACAAGGCACUAAUCUUUUGUCAGACCAAGCAGAUGUUGAAUAUUCUCCAGAAGGUGUUAGAGUACAACAAGUAUAUAUUCUUACGAAUGGAUGGCGAUGUUGCGGCUGGGAAGCGGAGUUCAUUGAUCGAUGCGUUUAAUCAUGACGACACUAUCAAUUGUUUCAUAUUAACAACACGUGUUGGUGGGUUGGGUAUUAAUUUGACGGGAGCUGAUCGGGUGGUCUUGUUUGACCCCGACUGGAAUCCAACUGUGGACUCUCAGGCCAAAGAACGAACGUUGCGUAUAGGGCAGAUUAAGAACGUUUCGAUAUACAAAUUGAUAUGUUCUGGGACGAUAGAAGAGAGGAUAUACAAUAGACAGAUAUCAAAGGAAAUUAUAUCAAACAAGAUACUCAGCGACCAAAAUGAAGUACUCAGAAAGCAAUUUAAGAAGCAAAUUGUGAAGGAAUUGUUCCAGUUGACAGAUACAGUGCCAAAAAAAGAAUCGAAGAAACAAGUAGACAGUGACGACCAGAGUGACAAAGACGACGAGAAAGACGAGAAGAAGAACAAAAUUGAUUUGAUGGGAAAAGUCGUUGAAGGCGAUGAAAAGGUGAUCGACGAAAUUUUGAUGGAGAAGGCAAACACGCUGUCGGAUGAAGAGAAAAGGUUGACAGACGAAGAGACUGCUAAAAUAGCGGAAGAGGCUAUUUACAAGUUAAAACUGGUCAAACGGAAUCAGAUCAUGGGGAGAAGAAAAAGUUCUUCCGCUGUUGUUUCUAAAGAGUCUGUGGUGUCGUCCCCUCAAGUACCAAAGCAAGAAAAAGGGGAGAACGUUGAAGGACUAACUUUGGCAGAGCGUCUAGCCAAUUUCAUUGAAAAGAAAGGUGGCAAAGUUUCGAGCGAUGAUGUUCUCAAAGAGUUUUCUAAUGACAUUUCUGGGAUCAAUGAGACACGUGUUUUCAAGUCUUUGUUGAAGAACUUGUGUCGACUUGAUAAGAAGAGACAUCUCUGGGUAGCAAAAUGA